AUGGUUCUCCCAAACGACAUCGAUUUGCUCAACCCGCCGGCGGAGCUUGAGAAGAGGAAGCACAAGCUCAAGCGCCUUGUUCAGUCUCCAAACUCGUUUUUUAUGGAUGUCAAAUGUCAGGGCUGCUUUAACAUAACAACUGUUUUCAGCCACUCGCAGACUGUUGUUGUUUGCGGGAACUGCCAGACAGUGCUUUGCCAACCUACUGGAGGGCGUGCUAGGCUUACCGAGGGGUGCUCUUUCAGAAAGAAGGGUGAUUGA